UGCUAAAUAUUGUUAAGAUUUUUGACUUGCUUACAUGGAUAGCAAUUCUAAUCAGUUUGACUUGUGUAUGUGUUACUUUACUGGUUGUCUCCAAAGUGGUGCAAUAUAUGGGCUUCAAACAGCCUGAUGGAAUACUUGUGUUACUACUACCAAUAUCUUUAUUGAAUGCAGAGAGUAUGCCUGACUGGUUUCUAUUCAAUAAAAAGCGAAUAUUUUCUGGAAGUAUAAUAAUACUAACCUGGGCAUUAGCAUCUACGCUAUUUACAUUUGCCUUUUCUUGCAAUCUUAGAGAAAUAUUAUUAUCACAACCUUAUGAAAUUCCCCCUGAUACAGCAGCUGAAAUUGCAAGGAGGCAAAUGAACCUUAUCCUACCAAAUGGCGGUAUUGUUGUCAUUUUCCAUGCAAUCAGGCCUGAAAUCAGUCUUAAUGUAUAAAAUAAGGAUGGAAUUUUAAAUGAAGUUCUUUACAGACAUUUUUGAGAGUUCAUAAAU